AUGGCAGAAGUAGUAGGCCUUGUCGCCAGUGUCGUAACACUUGGCGAGGUAGCAGCCAAACUAUCCAAACUCAAGACGUUUUGGAAAAGCAUCCAAAAUGUUCCCCAAAGCAUCCAAAACCAACUGGAGGAACUCGAAGCUUUGAAUGCUACUAUUACCGAGCUUGAAGCUGAGCAAGAUGUUGUGCAAAACACGCCAAGCGGAGCCUUGAGCCUGCGCUACUGCAAGAAUGCUGCGAAAGAGCUAGAGGAUCUGAUGCAAAAGCUCGAGAGAAAUGUCAAGUCGAACAGAAGGCUGCGGAGGUCAGUUACGAAGGUCAAGUUUGUUUUAGACCAGGACUCGGUCUCGAAUGCUCAGAAACAGCUGUACCAUGCGUUUCAGCUGCUUCAGUUUGCUUUGACUCUACAUACGCGAUCUAUGACGGCACGGAUACCCGAGCGCACAGCUUCAAUCUUCUUUGACCGAUGGAACGAAACGACACGUAACACAGCCUCAAACACAAAAGACCGUCCCUUAAGAGCCCGAGAAAAUGUUGAACAGGACAGCUCUAGUUCUCUACUAGAGAGGCAGACGUUGGAGUGGGUGCCGAGCUCUUUGUUUGGCGGUGUUAGAACUAGCAGAUCAUCACAUUCUAUCCAAAACCAGGAUGGUCUUGGUGAAAAAGUACAGAUUACGAAAGUUCGAUUUCGAUUCCCCUGGUGGCUCUCGCAGACUGUCUGGGACAUGCUAGCUUGUCGAUCAACGCAUGGUAUGACAUGGAAAAUUUCAAGCUGGAACAUUCGCCCACGGGACAGCCCAAUCUUUGAGGCUGCUUUCUACGGCGACUUUGAGAAAAUUGUAAAGCUAAUAUCUGAUGGCGAGGCAUCCUUGUAUGAUCGCGAUGAAGAAGAACGGACCUUGCUUCAUUACGCAGUUGAAGCUUCCAACUUUGAACUAGGUGUCAAGUUGUUGUUGUUGAACCGUUCUAUCCUAACUAGAGCCUCGAAUGAUGGCUGGCCCACCCCCUGUCUGAGUAUUGAGUCGGAGUUCCCGGUAGAAGCCCUGAGUCUUGAAUACUUCAAAACUAUACUCGGAUGGGAAGACUUUACUGAUUACUGCACCCAGCUCAACACUACGGAGGAGUCGUUCGAACUCGGAUACUGGAUUUGGAUUGUCCCUGGCUUCUUGGCGCUCAUUGAGAACGAGACGCCCCAAAGUUUCAUCGAUUUGCCUCUGGAUAUUCAGUUUUACUCUUUCGGGUGGAUGUAUAUUAAUACAGACGUCUUGAACUAUGUUGUUUCUAAAAAUCGGACCACAAUACAGCGUCUGAAAGCGACGUUGGACAAUCCAAUGUUGCAAUGCUUGUGCGACUUCAUUUCCGCCUUUAUAUGCCGACAAAUUGAAUGGGGUGGGACUUUUCCCGGUCUGAAGAAGUCGUCAACUUGGCAAGAGCUUGCUAAAGAUAUGCUAUCGGACACGUCAAUUAACAGCCUUACCAAGCUGUGCGAAGAACUGAUUAUGCCAGGUGUACCGCCUUAUUCUGAUGUAAUGACUUGGCGUGUUAUGACUCCGUUAACAAACAGCGCCAGGAGCGUCAUGGCCCGGCUGAUACGGAGCCGUUGGGGAGCCCUGGGUCCAAGGUGCACGAAGCAAUAUGAGAAGAUUCUUAUUAGAGUCGUAAGACUCUUCCUAGAAUCUGCUUCAGAAGCCGGAAUCGAUCUCGAGGAAUAUGGGCGGAGGGAAUCUGAACUUUUGGUGCCCUACGUUUCUUAUUAUCGUGGUUGGAAAGAUUUCACCACAACCCCAAGUAACCCAUACCUGGUUUCGAUCAAGUAUGGACCGAGACCCGAAGACUGGGAUUUUACAUGGGAUCUCCUAGUUGAAGAAUUUGCUGGUGAAUUCUGGGAAAUGUUGGAGAACCAACCAUUAUACAUUCCGGGUGCGUGGGUAGACGACGGAUAA